GUAGUUGCAACUCCGCCUCAAGAGUGUCUGAUAGAAACUCCAACUCCGUCUGAUAGUCUGACCAAGAAACCCCGAGUGUCUGCAGAAGAAAAUGACCGCAUUUACUUACAUCAAUUUAAUGUCUGUGUUUUGCACUCGGAUUCAAGGCUUGUGGACCCACCAGGAGAAGGGUGAGAAGGUCUGCACUUCACACGAAUCCAGUAAGCUUUCUGUGCCAAUCAGGUUUGUUCUUCAGCGAAAAUGAGUUAAUACAACAAUCGAUAAUGCAGUAAAACAUGCUGUAAAAAAAUCAACCUUGGAGUAACGAUGCAGCCUUUCUUCCUCUGCGCAUGUCAUGAUCAAGUUCAUGGUGUCCAGGCUCAUUAAACCUUUCUAGAAAGUGCGGGUGUGGUAGAGCAAUGACGUGACUUUGAAUAAGCUUUCUGUAAAGCAUGAGAGAUUCUAGGAUUUUCAUUUAAUGGGGGCUCAGCCCCCAAUGAGGGUAUAAUAGUAAAAAAUGAAAAUAAAUACAUAAAAUAAAAUAAAAUAAAAUAAAGGUUUGACUAACAGGGUAGGAUUGUAAACGUAUUGCAGCAUUCCACUGUAUUGCAUAUAUUGUUAUGUGUAUAACAUUUGAGUACUGAACAUGCCAAAUACGAGUCUUCCUGAUCACACACACACACACACACACUCCUCUGAUCCUCGCUUUGCGACGCCGCGGUCUGCGGAUUGAAGAACGCGCUGAAAGACGGAAAGGAGCCGAAGUCUGAAAUUUAAAGGGGACUGAGGCGAUCAAAGAUUUGUGUAGAGUUUAUGGAGAAUCGCAGAAUUUUUAGGGGGGCUGAGUAGAAAUGUAAGGACUUCGAUGUGAAUAAGAAAUUACUUUUUUUUCUUUGAUCAUAUUUGGCUCCUCGAUGUAAUCUAAGCGUUAAUUCCUAAGAAGCGGUAUUUCAUAACAGUGAGACAUUAUUGAUCAUUUUAAGUAUAAUUAUAAAGAAAUAUGGAGUGUACAUACACAGUUCUCUGGGUAUUCCUUUUUGUUUACUUUUUCCAUAUAAAUUAUGUAGUAUAUGUUUUGUUCUCGGAAUAGGCCUGCAACAUAUAAAUUUCCAUUUGGAGUAAUUAUUUCCUACUCGCUUUUUUUUAAAGUAUGUGUAGCCCUUAUGUAAAUGUAUGGUGUUCAUUCUGAUUUUUUUUUUUUGGGAGGGGGGCAUAAUUUCAUUAUCAUUUCUUUGUGAACAAAACAAUAGUGUUAGAUUGGUGAGUAGAAAAGGCACUGCCGAAAAUACUGCUUCAAUAAGGUGUUUCAGUGUGCCAAAUAUUUAGAUGAUUUUCAUAAGUUGGCCUUAUGCACACUUUCUUACAUAUAAUAUUCACAACCAAGGUUCCAAUAUUCACAACACAGUUUACUAUUACACAUAGUCUGUAAAAUUAUCUGGCUGUUGCCACAACAGCGGCUUUCAAAAGCCAUGUUGCAUAAUUUAACCAAAUAAACCUACACGGGAUAGUAUAUAUUUACUGUGGCGUGGAGUAGUAACGUAAACUCAGAUUCAGCCCUGGGGUGCAGAUUGGAACUUUACGGCAGCGACCAUUUGCUCAAAGAGUCGAAUAACAAAUUAUCUCCUUUGUCAUUCUUUAUUUGGCCAGGCGAGGGCGCUUUGACUACAUACAAAUCGGUCACCAUGGCCACACACCACGUUUCUAGCGUCAGUUACUUCUUUGGGAUUAAAUAAAGGGCGAAACAGGCUGUCAUUAUUCAUACAUGUCUUGAUUAUUCAUGUCUUAAUUAUUUCGUUUGUACUGCAAAUUAGAGCUUUAUUAGAAGGUUUUCGCCUCAGACAAGAGGUAUUAAACGUUCACAGAGGUAUGCAUAACUGAAAUGAAGAUGGCAAAAUGUCACUCAGUACACAGUUUUAGCUACUGUAGUGCUGCAUCCUCACUGCUGUAGCCGGGGACACCAGGCUUACUUAAGAACAGAUCAAGGCAAAGACAGAGAAGUCUCGAGUGAGGGAUCCUCCCUGAAAGCAAGCAGCAUCUUUGGUUUUGCCUUUGCUUUUAUGAUAAAAACCUUCCCGAAAUAUCACGCCUCUUAUAUUCAAGGGGGAAAAGCCGGGGAAAAUGGAACCUGUGCAUCGUUCUCCUCACUCGGUUUACAAAAGUGGCUAGUGAUGUGUAAUGAAUGCAAGACCAACAUGCUAUCAUCAUCCUGUGCCACAUAUAUCAGCAGGGCAUUAUAAUCUAAAAUGUACGGGUGGCAUAACAGAUUACACAAUUCAAAAUCUCGUAACUUCCAUUACACAAAUCUGUUAACCCCUCCAUUACACUUGUGAAGAAAUCUGACUACAACACAUUCAGUGUAAUCUCGGUGAAUGUAUUGCUCCGAAGAAGACAUAUGUACUCCUGGACUGACAUGACUGUAUUUAACUUCAGGCAAUUACAGCCAAUCCAUCAUAUUUUUAAAAGAUCUUGCCAUAAUUACGUGUGAAAAGUAUUAUAACAGACUACAAAUAUCCCAGGCUACCAAAAAGGGCUCUGCCUUCGGAUUAUUUAACCCUUGUUGAACACAUAAUAAUUAUAUAUAAGGACAGAAUUACUAUUCAGUCUCGUACUAUAUACGACUUUACGUAUAGAUUCUAUUCCAAAUGGAUUCUAGGUUUAAUUAUACAUUUCAAAAUAUAAAAGUCUAAUCAAUUGUAAGUUUAUAAUUAUAUUACUACAUUUACAAAACUGUAACGCAGACAUACGCAGAAGCUCGACGUGCACUGUUUCCCUCAAGUGCCACGCCCCCAUACGCGUGCCACUACCGGAACAACUAGCUAUUUAAAAGGGGCUGUUUUUUUAAUUGUGAGAUAACGUGAUUGACAGGCAAGUAGAGCUGCCACCUUGUCCUGGUUGGUUGGUGGCCCACGUCUCUCGUUUUGUGUUUCCUUUACAGACGCGGGGGUAGUCACACACACACACACACACAGAAAGAGAGAGAGAGAGAGAGAGAGAGAGAGAGAGAGAAGUAAAAAUAUAUAUUUUUUCAUUGAAACAAUCACUACGCAAUUUCUGGCCUUCUUUGUUUUACCGAAAUUCUGCAGGCGAGCAGAAUGAGUGCGAGUGAUUUUCUAAAAGAAAUACAUUAAACAACUUAAAAAUCCACUGUAAUACACUUGGAUGCCAGAAUACAAUUUCUUAUGAAGUGUACUAUGUAUUAUAUAGCAUAGGGUACAGUAUUAGGGUGGUAAUGGUUUGAAACUUUUGAACCCCCCUCCCUCCCUCCCUGCCACCGUUUGAGCUAUUCACCCUUGUCUGUUUAUUCAUGUCAAAUCAAUGUGUGGCGUCGCCGAGCUUUGCGUUAUGACGCUUUGCCCUAUUAAGAAUGACAAUUCCACAGGAGAGGGAGGGCAAUGGUGAUCCAGCCCAGAGCACGCGCCGCACUCUACACAGCUCGUGCGAUCUUCUGUCUCACUGCUUUACUUCUGUAAACGGCUCCUGUGUGCUUCACGCGACGAAGAAUUUCGUUUGCAUUGCGAGCAUAGGUUAUGGAAAGUAGAAAGGACGGGUUGAUCAGGACCGAGGGUGGUCACACUGGCACACUGGGCUCUAAUUUCUCCGAAGUUGCUGGCGACCAUCAAGACAAGGCGGCUCGCCGAAACUGCACUAUCCCGGACUGUCUCCCGUAUUCACGGGACCGAGCAGAUGAGACGAGGAAGGACGCGCAGAGCGGCAAUUUCAAGGAAAUGAGACACACAAGUAAGCCGUGUGCGCAGGAGCAAGAGCUCUCAGAUCUCCCGAAGAAAGAAGUAAGCAGCUCCGAUGGGGAAUCAGACUUCUAUGACGGAACUGAUGCGAGUUGUACCCCUGAACGCAUGGAUUACCACAAUGCUCAAGGACGUGAGUCUCCGAGUCUCAGCUCAGAGAGCACAGUGGAUGAGGCGAAGGUGAGCACUUGCCCUGGGGGUCUUUCAUACGGGUCGGAUCAGAUGCGACGCUACCGCACAGCAUUCACGAGGGAGCAAAUAGCUCGACUUGAAAAGGAAUUUUACAGGGAGAAUUACGUGUCCCGUCCACGCAGAUGUGAACUGGCGGCUGCCCUAAAUCUGCCUGAAACCACCAUCAAGGUCUGGUUCCAGAACCGGCGUAUGAAGGACAAAAGGCAAAGGCUGGCAAUGACUUGGCCUCACCCAGCCGACCCAGCUUUUUACAGCUACAUGGUGAGCCACGCGGGAAACCUUCCGUAUUCGUUUUCGUCCCAUCUCCCUGUGGCCUACUACUCUCCUUUGAGUAGCAUGGCCGGGGGUUCAGCCACCGGAGCUGGAGCGCCUGCCUUUGCUAACCCUUUGCGAUCACUGGACACUUUCAGGCUCCUUUCUCAUCCAUAUCCGCGUCCCGAUCUGCUUUGCGCGUUUCGACACCCGUCGCUGUACGCAAGCGCAGGUCACGUCCUCGGUCCCGGCGGGAGCGCAUGCUCGUGCCUUGCUUGUCAAUCAAACGGGACUGCUCAGAGGUCGCCGACAAACGCAGACGUCACUUGCUCGUCCACCAGCAGAGAUGAUACCUUCCUUAUGUUCUCGCCGGCCUUUCUUAGCAAGUCACCCUCCGUUUCUGUUGAUCAGAGGGAGCAAGUACCCUUGACCAGAUAAAACACAUGAAAGCAGUCACGGACCUUUUUUGUCAAUUUACCCACAAAUGGACUCUAACCAAUGAACGACCUAAACACUAACCUACGACAGCCUGCAAAGCAAAAAAUUGUUAACAAGUACAUUUUCCAUCCAGCUAGCCUUUGCGUAAUGGAAUACACGUUUAAUACAAUAGAAUAUUUUACAGAAAGCAUCAUGCAGUUGCACUUAUUCAAAUGAAAUUUAAUAAAUAAAAAAACGGAAAGAUUGAAGGAAAAGUUAUUAUAAUUGAAACAUUUUUUGUAUUACAUAAUUAAAUGAACCCACAUGCGAUAUUAGUUGCUUUUGUUAUUGAUUUUUUUUCCUUACAGACUUUUUUUCUUUCUCUAAUGGAUAGAAUACAUAUAUUUUUAAUGUUUAUUUAAAAGCGGUAAAAGGCGCACGGGGAGCUGAUUAAGAUGCUGGGUGAUGCUGGACUAGGACUGCAAAAGAUCAACUGAACAUACCAGACAUACUAGACCAAGGCUGUAUUGCUUGUCCUGUCGCUCAAGGAGCCUUCAUCAACCUAUUUUUUUUCGUUUAUUAGUUCUCAUUCAUAUCAAAUAUCAUUAUUAAAUAUAUCUAGGCAAUAUCUAAUGAAAUUAUUUUGGAAUAUGUAUUUGCCUCUUGUAUAAAUUACACACACACACAUUUAUUGAAGAACUAUGAGCAAACAAAAAGCGAAGAGUUGGUUAUAUGGGCAUGUGGAAGUCAGCUUUUGGAAAUAUCUUGGUUAUCAUGUAUGUAAUUCAUAA